AUGGGGCUGUGGGACGUUAAAGAUUUCGGCGUCAUUGCCGACAAGGCCUGUUGGUCAAUGUUUGCAAUAACGACAGUCGUCGUUGCGCUUAGGAUCUCCGCGCGUCAAUUCUUCGGAAGGGGCCAAGUUGGAGGUGGUCUUGGUUGGGACGACUUUAUUACAGUAUUUUGUGUUCUCGUCAUGCUCAUCACCUGCAUCAUGAUCACCAUCGGCACAAGCUACGGCCUCGGCCGACGACUGGACGACAUCGAUCCGACUAUGAUCCCCGAAGCUUUGAAGUGGAACGUCAUCAUCAGCUCUGUACUGAUCUGGACGUUUUCGCUCCCCAAGUUCGCCAUUAUCGCUACACUCAAACGAAUCCUCGACUACGGACGCAAGACGACGAUAUUAUUCUGGGGCCUUGCGCUCAGCUCGCAGGCGUGCAUUCUGGCUACCUCGGUUUGGUGGUACAAACAAUGCGAUCCGGUGGAGUUUGGCUGGGACAGGAGCAUCAAGGGCGGCACUUGUGCUCCUGUCAAGGUCAUGUCCGAUCUGGGAUACUUCACUUCGGCCUACUCUGCGUUUCUCGACGCUUUUUUCGCGCUGUAUCCGAUUCCGUUCAUCAUGCGCCUCAACAUGCCACUCAAGAACCGGAUUCUAGUGUCAAUUGCGCUGGGAUUGAGUUUCAUGGCGUGUAUACUGUCUAUCUACAAGCUGACAAUCUUUGGCGAGAUCUUCCUGGUGCUUGCUGAGAACCCAACAUAUCCCGUACCUUUUCUCGACAUCCUCGGUCUUGGAGAAGGCUGCAUCCUUCUCAUUUGCGCAUCUCUACCCACCCUUGGUCCAAUAUUCCGCUUGGCAAAGGGUAAAAUGACGACUGCAAACGCUAGCCGAGGUGCGAGUCGAAUGACAGGGAGCAGCAAACAGGCAACGCGCAGUGGCCAGUCGAGCGGGAGAUGGGACAAGCUGGGCGCGAACCAAGGAGACGUUGACCCGGAAAAUGGAUCGUACAGGAUGGGCUCGAGCGUCGAUGAUAUUCCGUUGGUCUCGGGGUUGAAGCAAUCGGAUAAGGGCGGGAUCCAGAAAACGACCGAGUUUGUGGUGUCACAUGGGACGUUAUCGCGCGAUGGAGCGAAGAACCGCGGCUUUCGCGGGUAUUAG